GGCCGGGCGGGCAGGGCUCCCGGCUCCAGGCGCCCCGGGGCUCGGACUGCUGCGGCUUCUUGCUUUCCUCCUCCCCUCUCCCUUCUCCUUGGCUGGGAAAGUGGGAGGUGGCGCGCGGGCGCGCGCGCGUGUGUAUGUGUGUGCUGGGGGGCAGCAGAGAGGAGUCUCGGUGCAGCCGCGUCGUCAGAGACACAGACAGACAGACAGACACACACGCACAUUGAGAGGCAGCGGGGCAGGGGCGGCAUCGGCUGCAUCUGCUGCUGCUGCCAUUCCCCCCCACCCCCUCCGCUGCCGCCGCCGCCGCCGCCGCCGCUGCUGCAGUGCCCGCAAACAAAGAGGAGGAGGCAGCACCAGCCCCGGAGUAGGGGCCCCCCCCCGGACCCCGGCCCUUGCCUCCUGCAGCCCCCUGAGGCUACGGAGGAGCAGCGCAGGAAGGAGAUGAGGAGAGUCUGAACAGGCAUGGAUGUUACAUGAAUCACUUUAAGGGAGGCGACCAGCUAUGAAGGCUUUUUUCUCUGUAAACUAGAUAAAGAUGGAUGAAUCUGCCUUGUUGGAUCUGUUGGAAUGUCCUGUGUGCUUAGAGCGCCUGGAUGCUUCUGCAAAGGUCUUGCCUUGCCAGCACACAUUCUGCAAACGCUGUUUGCUGGGGAUUGUCGGAUCUCGGAAUGAACUGAGAUGCCCUGAAUGCAGGACUUUAGUGGGUUGUGGAGUCGACGAGCUUCCCAGUAACAUCCUGUUGGUUAGGCUGUUGGAUGGAAUCAAGCAGAGACCUCGGAAGCCAGGCAGUGGCAGUGGGAUCAACUGCACGGGCGGCCUGAGGGCCCAGGGCACUUCUGGGGUCAACUGUGUCUCAAAAGAUCCCCAGGGCUCCCAAGGUGGACAGCAGCGCGUGCAGGCCCGGAGCCCCCCAGUCCGAGGUGUACCUCAGUUACCAUGUGCCAAAGCAUUAUACAACUAUGAGGGGAAAGAACCCGGAGACCUGAACUUCAGCAAGGGCGAUAUCAUCAUUUUGCGUCGACAAGUGGAUGAAAAUUGGUAUCAUGGAGAAGUCAAUGGGAUUCAUGGAUUUUUCCCCACUAACUUUGUGCAGAUUAUUAAACCUUUACCCCAGCCUCCACCUCAGUGCAAAGCACUUUAUGACUUUGAAGUGAGAGACAAGGAAGCUGACAAAGACUGUCUGCCAUUUGCAAAGGAUGACGUCCUGACGGUGAUUCGGAGAGUGGACGAAAACUGGGCGGAAGGGAUGCUGUCCGACAAAAUUGGGAUAUUCCCCAUUUCUUACGUUGAGUUUAACUCGGCAGCGAAGCAGCUGAUAGAGCUGGACAAGCCGUUGGGUCCAGGCAAUGACUCUGGAGAAGGCCCCUCGGGGACCGCCCACAGCAGCGCCGCCGCCCCCAAGCACAGCGACACCAAGAAGAACACCAAGAAGAGGCACUCCUUCACCUCCCUCACCAUGGCCAACAAGUCCUCCCAGGCCACUCAGAACCGCCACUCCAUGGAGAUCAGCCCUCCAGUCCUCAUCAGCUCCAGUAACCCCACGGCGGCAGCCCGAAUCAGCGAACUGACGGGACUGUCCUGCAGUGCCCCUUCUCAGGUUCACAUCAGUACCACUGGGCUAAUUGUGACCCCACCUCCAAGCAGUCCCGUCACAACAGGGCCUUCGUUCACUUUCCCAUCAGAUGUGCCCUACCAAGCUGCCCUUGGAAACAUGAAUCCUCCGCUACCCCCACCACCCCUCCUGGCUGCCACUGUCAACGCCUCAACAUCUCCAGCGGCUGCCUCCUCCGCAGUGGGACAGAGACCCGCAGGAUCUGCCGACCAAAUUGCACAUUUACGGCCCCAGACACGACCCAGUGUGUAUGUUGCUAUUUACCCAUAUACGCCCCGGAAAGAGGAUGAGUUGGAGCUGAGAAAGGGGGAGAUGUUUCUGGUGUUUGAGCGAUGCCAAGAUGGAUGGUUCAAAGGGACUUCUAUGCACACAAGCAAGAUAGGGGUUUUUCCUGGAAACUAUGUGGCACCAGUCACAAGGACUGUGACAAGCGCAUCCCAGUCUAAAGUCUCGAUGUCUACUUCUGGCCAGACAGGCCGAGUGGUGACCAUGGUCAGUCCAUCCACUGCGUCAGGGUCUUCCCAGAAGCUGCAGGGGAAUGGUGUGGCGGGGAGCCCCAGCGUGGUGCCUGCUGUGGUGGCAUCCGCUGCCCACAUCCAGACGAGCCCGCAGGCCAAGGUGCUGAUGGCCAUGACCGGCCAAAUGACAGUCAACCAAGCUCGCAACGCUGUUCGUACAGUUGCCGUUCACAACCAGGAGCGCCCCACAGCUGCGGUGAUGCCCAUCCAGGUGCAGAGUUCAGCUUGCUUCGGCCCUGCUACGGUGAUCCUACCCCAUCAGCAACCUCAGCCUUCGAUUCCAACCUCCGCUGCCUAUGUCGCUGCUGCUGUCAACCUCAACCGGCCGGCCAUGCCCAUGGCUUGUGUGGCAGCUGGUUCUCUGAACUCCCCCGGCAUCCCCGCCACCUCCCUGGAGACAGAACUGAGUGGCCGGGCAGGGACGGCUCUCCCCGGACCCCCGACUUCUCCUGAGAGCGUGUUAUCCGCUGGUGGAAAUAGCCUCGCCACCAAAUCAGACAACGUGAGCAAGAAAGAAAGGAAGGGCCUCCUGAAGCUGCUUUCCGGUGCCUCCACCAAACGGAAACCCCGCGCUUCUCCUCCAGUCCCAACUCUGGAAGUGGAGCAGGGCCCAGGGGAGCUGGGCCUCCAGGGGGCCGUGAGGCCCGAGCUCCCUGUGGGAGGCAGUCACGGCAGGGCUGGGUCCUGCCCCGUGGAUGGGGACAGCCCAGCAUCAGUGGUCCUAGCCCAGGAGGCCCUGCACAGGAAGACGGGCUCUCUGGAUGCCGGUGUGCUCGCCCCACCUCCGAGGCAGCCCUGCUCUUCCUUGAAUUCUAUCCUGAAUGAGUUGAGGCCUGUCGUCUGUGAAAGGCACCGAGUGGUCGUUUCUUAUCCCCCUCAGAGCGAGGCAGAGCUCGAACUCAGGGAAGGCGACAUCGUCUUCGUCCAUAAGAAGCGAGAAGAUGGCUGGUUUAAGGGCACCCUUCAGCACAAUGGAAAGACGGGCCUUUUCCCGGGGAGCUUCGUGGAAAACAUCUGAGAAGACUUAAAGCUUCAAAUCCCAUGACCCAAUGAAAGAGCACAAAUGAUGGUAGUGGGGAAAAAAAAGAGCACAAUCACCCAUUUUCAGAUGAUCGAGGAUCGAAACAGACUAACGGAUCUGUAACGGCAGCCAUCAGCCAGAGGCGACGGCAGCUGCGUCUCUGGCUUUUCUCCCUUUGGAUUCUGAUGUGUGAUAUGUGCCUUGGACUGUCUGAUUUCUUCUCCAAAAUCAAACAAACAAACCAACCUUCUUCUUCUUAUCUGUAACAAAAAUGGACAAUUGUUUACAAGGCUGUAACUAAUUUAUUUGCUUUUUUUUUUUAAACUUGAAUUCUUGUUAUAGAUAAAUUCUUGGGAUUAUGAUUUUAACAGAUUAUUAAUUUAUGAAAUGAUAGCUAAGGAGAAGCUGGAUUCUCUCCUGACGAGCAAGUGAUUCUUUUGGACAGAGAGUGCAUUCCCCUUCCUUGAUCGUGUCCUCCUUUUAAGCUGUGUGUGGCAGAUGGUAAUUUGUCUUUUUGAAGAGGGGUCCGUGUUGUCGGGUUGUGACGAUGGUAGUGUAUUGUUGAACUGAUGACGUCUCAACAGGUAAAAUGCUGUAUUUUGUGCCCUAAGAAAAAAAAAGAAGUGGAUCUGUCUUUUGGCUCUCCCUUUUCUCAAAUGACAGAAGACGUAGAACUGAAUCCACAGCAACAAGGAUGGAGAGAGGAGGAGUGAGAAAAUGAGAGAGAGAGAGAGAGAGAGAGAGAGAGAGAGAGAGAGAGAGAGAGAGAGAGAGAGAGAGAGAGAGAGACCUUAUUUGCUCCAGAAAUUUUGCCAUGCCAGUUUUUGAUGUUUCUGUGGAUGGAGUAAAUUCACAGAAUGUAACAUAAUCAGGGAGAUGUUAAGGAAGAUUAAGCACAAUAGUUAAAAAAAAAAGAGUAUCAAAGCACAUUUGUAGAAGCAUAGAAUGUUCAGAGCAGACAGGGACCUUAGCACUCAUCUCAUCAAAGUCUUCUCCUCUCCCUUACUCUAUUCCCCAUUUAACAGAUUAGGAAACUGAGGGCUAGGAAGAAGAGUGACUCUUUUAAGGUCCCCGAAUCAGUUAAUGGCAUAAUUAGGAGUAGAAACAUAGUGUCGUGACUGCCGAUCCAAUGGGAUAAUGAAUUAAAAAGACAUUUAAAGGGUGCCUGCAAUGGACGAGACCCUAUGAUACACCCCGAAAACACAAAUACAAAAUGCCUACUUGGUUUUCUGAGAAGAGCAGCUCAGUCCCUUGGGUUAGAAAUGUAAAAUUAAAACCAUCCUCGCUGUCUGAGAAUGGCUAUGAAAUGUAAUUUGCCCCUUUCCCUCUGAGUGAUCUGCAUGCCCAGAAGACGUUAAAAUUAUGGUUGAGCAGUUGUGGUGGUGGUUCACUUGUGUUAAAGUAAAAAGAAAGCAAGAAGGCUGUUAGAUGCUGUGAAAAGUUGACUAAGUUUUUAACCAUGGAAACUGUAACCCACUGGGAGCCCCUCCCUCUCCUCACUGUCUUGCAUGUGUUACUGAAUUCCCACCGGAAUAUAAUUGGUGCAUGGUGUGUGGAUUUCAUUGUCAUUUCCAAUCGGGACUAGUUUGCACUCAGAAUGGCCCACUGUUGGGGAUGUAAGCUAGACAGUAUCCUCCUCUCUGCCCCAGAGUCACUGCCGACCAUCUCUGAGGGAACUCUGCUGCAAGACAAGGUGCCCGUUUCUAUUAACCUGCAUCAUCUGGAAGAAGGCAUCGGCACCAUCUGUCUGUUUGGCUGAUGUGAUACAUGAGCUCAACUUUCUCUCCCCCACCUGCCUUCCCCCCCCCCUCCCAUUUUCUCCCUCCCCUCCCCCUUCUCUGUCUUUACCUCUCUCCCUCCCUCCAUCCUUCUCUCUCUCUCUCUCUCUCUCUCUCUCUCUCUCUCUCUCUCUCUCUCUCUCUCUCUCUCUAUUUCUCUCUCUCUCUCUCUCUCUCUCUCUCUCUCUCUCUCUCUCUCUCUCUCUCCCUCUCCCUCACUCACUCACUCCCCCUCUCUCCCUUUCUCUCUCUCUCUUUUUCUCCCUCCUUUCAUCCCUCUCUGUCUCCCUCCCUCUCCCUCUCUCUCUUUAUCUCCCUCCCUCCCUCCAUCCCUCUCCCUCUCUUUCUCUUCCUCCUUCACUCCCUCCUUCCCCCUCUCUCUCUGUCUCCCUCCCUCUCUCUCUUUCUCCCCCUCUCUCUCCCUCCCUCCCCCCACUUUGAUAUUAAGGGUCUUCUCUCUUGCACUCAUUUUGAUGCUUUCCAUAAAGCAAAGGACUGGGAUAGGCUCAAAAACACAUAGAGGGAGGGGAAUUUCUUGGUUGGGAAUGAUAUCAUCACCAUGGUUUUCUGAUGGAAAAUGCCUUUUAAAUUUUUUUUUUUACUCUUUAGGAAUUUCAGCUAGGAAGGUAAAGAAAAUCUUUUUAAAAAAAGACUUCUUGAAGCAUCAAGAAAUGAAAUGAUCUUAAAAAUCUAGAAUGAGAGUUGAGAACGAAACUAUUUCUAAAUUCAUCAUUUUUAAUGAAACACUGUAUAUUAUGUUCCUGUGUUUUAAAUAUUUUUAAAAUAGUUUACUUGGAUAUUCAUGUAAUAUAUAAAGGUUUUUGUGAAAUGAACUUUAGCUAGGAAAAAGCUGUUGUUGGCUUUCAUAAACAUAUAAGUUGACACUAAUGUGUCAUAAUAUUUUUUAUUUGGGGAAAUUAGCACAUUUUAUAAAAUAAGAUUUUAAAAAAGGCAAAAAGACUACUACAGGUUAAAAUUCUUUUUUCUACCUGUCUGUUUUCUCCAUAUCUUAAGCUAUGUGACUAAGGUACCUCUGUGAAUAGUUUUCAUGGUGUAAAGUCAGUUAAGAUCCCAUCUGUUAAUAGUUUCUGUUAGAUAAUGUAAUGUACGGCUUUUCUAUCAACUUUUUUGAAGACGAUAGAGUGAAGUUUUGAAACAAGAGUUUGUUACAAUCGAUGCAGCAAUGAUACGAUGACAAUUUUUCCAGCCUUUCCAUGUGAAUGAUUUGGGGGAGAUGGAUCCAAGUGUCCAAGAUUAAAAUUUGAUGUUCAAUCUUUA